CCUCGUAAUCGCUAUUCGUCGGGGGAAAGUGCAGCCAGCCGCCAUUUUGGUAAUGAUUGCUGCCAUCAACAAGGUGGAAAAUGGAUGACUUGAGAGGCGUUGAUGAUUAUGACAGAGAUGACGAAAAAGAUGGGUUGAACCUUGCAGGAUUUAUAUUUGGAAAUAUAGAUGAAAGAGGACAGCUGGAAGACAGUGAACUUCUUGAUGAUGAAUCAAAGAAGCAUUUAGGCCAAUUGGCAUCUCUUGGUGCUCUUGGACCACUCGUUGAAGACAUUGCCUCUGAAAACCAACAUGAAUAUGAACCAGAUGGCUCAAAUCAGGAGGGCUUUAUUAAAAGCGUUGAAACUGCAGUUGACUACAGCAACAUUGAUGAACUUGCUGAUGAGGAUGCUGACAAAUUUGUUCGUGCUGGCCUGCAGGCUGCAGAGAGAUUCAGGAAUGAUACAGAUGAAGAUGAUGAUUAUGACGAAGAGGAAGAAAAACCAAGGAAGCCAGUCAUUAAACAGUUUCCAAGAGUUCCGUUAUUUUCUGAGAGCCAAGCGGCUACUACACCUGAAAAUACGAUGGGAUUGCCAUCCAUAGUGCCAUCUGCCGAGACUGCCAAAUCCGAGGCGGAGCGCAAAGAAAGAGAGGCACUUGAAGAAAUGUUCUCACCUUCUUCGCCUCGUGACGAGCAGCUCCUUGGAAAGGCUCAGACCAGGCGCUCUUCAUCCGAUAUGAUGCAACCAGACUCUUCUCCUCGUGAUAUUCCUGGUCAUGCAGUGGGUGGUAAAAUCUCUGAUGACAAAGCUGUUUUUGAUGGCAUCAUAGAAAAGACUGAUCUUGCUACAGUUGUCGAAAUGUUUCCGGACUUCAGACCCGGAAAAGUUCUCCGGUUUUCCCGGUUAUUUGGCCCGACGAAAUACGUGUCCGCACAGUGGAAGGGUCUAAAGAAAAGGAGAAAGAAAAAGAGGAUUCAUAGUGUGGAUGGAGAUGGGAGACCUUCUGAAAGGGGCUUUAGGUGUAAAACGCCCCCAUCCCCCAAACCUGAAGAUUUUGAUGUUGAUGAUUCAGUCAGGUUCCUCGAAGACAUCCCUAUUGAGCUGUAUGCCCCAGCUCAUAUGAUUCAAAGUAUACAACACACAGAGGUCGAAAAAGAUAAUUCUGAGCAGACAGAAGCCAACUGUGAGUGGCGGUAUGGGCCAGCUUCGUACUGGUAUGAUCGAUAUGGCGUCUCAAAAGAUGGCUCAAACUUUGAUUAUGGUUUCAGGCUGCAAAAACUGGAGAGUGAAUCUGUGAGGGAAACCCCGUUAACAGCAACAACCGAUCUUGAGGAUGCUGUGAUGCCACCGGACGAAGCAUUCAACAUGAUAGUGCAGGCCCCUUGGGAGGAGGAUAUCGUUUGGUCCAGCGAUGACUACAAAGCAUCGAAGAAGUCUCUUAUUGCCCAGAGCAAGGCGGGCUGGGUUCCAUCUGGAAACAUUAGGACUCUACAAGGCUAUUUGGCUAACUCAUAUCGCAAAGCUGAUAAAAUUUCAACACAGGCUCUAGCAAGUGCUGCAGUGCUAAAGAACUUUUCGAGUGACGCUGAUAUUAUUGUCGGCAGACAACUGCCAUCGAAUCAGAUCUCAAAUUGGUUCAGUAUUUUCCCGGUUGAAAACAAAGAUUUGGUUUAUGGUAGAUGGGAAGAUAGAAUUAUUUGGGAUGAUCAGGCCAUGCCAAGAAUCCCUUCACCAACUUUGUUUCGCCUCGAUCCCAACGAUGAGAACCUCAUUUUGACAAUUCCUUCUGAGCCGUCUCCUGACAAUUCCAAUUCAGAAUUGGAAAACACACCAAAAAAGGAUGGCAAAAGCAAAUCAAAAUCAGGCAACAAACAUAAAUCGGACGAAGAUAAGCUUCAAACGAGCAAUGAACCUCCAAAGGAUAUGUUCAACCUCUCAAAUGAUGAAUAUUAUUUACCAAAGCAAGAUCAAGUGGAAAAUCCUUUGCAGAUUGACCUGAGCAGCCUCACUAUCCAGCAUUCUACACCUGCACUGGAGCUGCAAAGGCCUUUUUUCCCGACAUAUCUCUCCCCCGCUGAUUUAAGACACUUUCACAGACCACACUACCAGAAAAAGAGGACAGGGCCUCAUGAAAAGUCAGGAUUGCAGGGAGUCGGAAAUUUGUUGAGAAAUAUAAAGAAGAAAGCAAAGGAGCGAGAAAAAGAACGGCAAGCAUUUGGUGGCGGAGAGAUGUUUUUUAUGCGGACACCAGCUGACUUGACGGGCAUGGACGGCGACUUGAUUUUAGCUGAAUACUGCGAAGAAUGGCCGCCCUUACUGUCUCAAGUGGGAAUGAAUGCACGGCUGAGAAAUUAUUACCGCAGAAAGCAUGGCAAGGAUUCUGGGUCACCACAACUCGAAUUUGGUGAGACAGUUUAUGUUCAUGCAUCGCCUUUCCUUGGACAGCUGGCGCCUGGACAAAUGAUGCAGGCCAUUGAAAACAACAUGUACAGAGCUCCUGCCUACCUCCACAAAAUGAAGCCUACAGAUUUCCUCAUUAUUCGAUCAAAUGGAAACUUCUACAUUCGCUCUGUUCAGAUCAUAUUCACCGUUGGCCAAGAAUGUCCAAAAUAUGAAGUACCCGGCCCAAACUCCAAAAGGGCGAAUAACCACAUGAGAGACUUUCUCCAGAUAUUUAUUUACCGAUUAUUCUGGAGAAGUCCAGACAAUCCUCGCAGAAUCAAAAUGGAGGACAUAAGGAAGGCAUUUCCAAAACAUUCAGAAAGCAGCGUCAGAAAAAGAUUGAAACUUUGUGCUGAUUUUAGAAGGACAGGGGCGGAUUGUAACUGGUGGGUACUGAAGAAAGAUUUUCGCUUGCCGACUGAGGAAGAGAUGCGCGCUCUUGUCACACCAGAGCAAACCUGUGCUUAUCUCAGCAUGUUAGCUGCAGAGCAGAGACUCAAGGAUGCUGGCUAUGGAGAGAAGUCAUUUUUUGCUCCGGAUGAAGAGGAAAAUGAGCUUGAUGCGAGAAAAAUCGACGAUGAGGUACAAACAGCCCCAUGGAACACAACACGUGCAUUCAUCCAAGCCAUGAAAGGCAAGUGUUUGCUGCAAGUCAACGGUGUGGCUGAUCCGACUGGGUGCGGAGAGGGUUUUUCGUACAUCAGAGUCGCCAACAAACCACCAAGUAGUGCAGCCAAGGACGAGAAUAAAGAUGCAUCCCAGAAGCCUUUGAAGCAAAAACUAGUCACUGGAACAGACGCCGAUCUACGUCGCUUGAAUUUGAAGAAUGCAAGAAAUUUGCUGCGUGACUUUGGGGUCUCAGAGGAAGAGAUUAACUCUUUGUCAAGAUGGGAGGUUAUCAAUAAAGUGCGCACCAUGUCCACCGAGGCUGCUCGCGCUGGAGAAGAGGGUGGGAUGAGUAAAUUUGCACGCGGCUCGAGAUUCACCAUUGCAGAGCACCAAGAGAAAUAUAAAGAAGAAUGCCAAAGAAUAUUUGACUUGCAAAAUAGAGUUUUGAGUUCCGAUGCUAUUCUCUCAACUGACGAAGAAAGCAGUAGCGAAGAAACUAGUGACCUUGAUGAGCUGGGAAAGGAUUUGGAGAGCAUGUUAUCAAACAAGAAAAGCAAACACGAGCUGUCACAUGAAAACGAAGAGGCUGAGCGGAAGGAACUCCAGAAGAUGCUGAGCCAAGAUCGGCCUGACAAAGAGAAGUCGGCAGUUCAAAGAUCUUUAAGUGCUGCUUCCUCGUUAUCAAACAAAAGGCAACUGCCGGAAGACGACGAUGCAAAUUCAAUUCUGAGUCUUGACUCAGCCGUGCCUGGUCGCCGUUUGCUGAUUCAUCGAACUUUUAAUGAAGGCGGACAACAAUAUUCAAGAACUGAGGUUGUAAAGAAUCAGGCUGUGAUUGACUCUUAUCUUCGUAUCGUGACAAGAGACAAAAACUACAGACAAGUGUUUGCAAGUCAGGAUGAAAUCCAUAAGGAGAAUAUGAGGAGAGAGCGAAGAAGGAUUCAAGAGCAGCUGAGAAGAAUUAAAAGAAACGAAGAAAAAGAAAAAGUUAAAGAAUCAAAAAAAGUGUCAAAAGUUCAGUCGGAAAAGCCUUUAAAAAAUCUGAAAUGUGGAGCUUGUGGGGGAAUAGGACAUAUGAAGACAAACAAAAUGUGCCCAAAAUACCAAGAGGGGGUCACUGGUACUACCCCGGCAUCAAGAACAGAUGAUGAGGGGGUAAAUGAGGAGUUGUCCAACUUAGCAACAGAGGACUUGAUCAAAGUUGAAGGGACCAAAAUAACAGUGGGAAAAGCUCUGCUUGAAGCUGUCGAAGAUCUGAAACGAAAAGCAUUGACAGUGAAAAUUCCAAAAGACUCAGUUAAAAAGAAGCGAAGAUCCUCUUCGGCUGCUAUACAUCCUGACUAUCUUAUGCGCCAUCAUAUGAGCAAAAAUAGAAGAAGGACCAAUCCGUUGGUUGCCCUCAGUCUUAUCUUUGAAAGCAUCAUAUCGAAAAUAAAAGAAGUCCCAGAGAGCUGGCCGUUCCAUACGCCUGUGUCGACAAAAGCUGUUCCAGAUUAUUACCAGAUCGUAAAACGUGGAAUGGACCUCCAGACCUUACGAGAGGAGGUGAAGAAUGGAAGAUAUAACACCAAAGAAUCAUUCCUUGAACACGUGACACUCAUUUAUUCAAACUGCGUUUUAUACAAUGGUAUGAGUCACCAGCUUACCAAAGUGGCUGAAGAGAUGCUAACCACUGCAAACAAACUGCUCACAGAAAGAGACGAAGAAAUAACAGCGCUAGAGAAAGAAAUUAAUCCACUUCUUGAUGGAAAUGCACAGGUUGGAUUUUCUUGGAUUCUCGAGUCUAUUGUGCAACAAAUGAAGGCGAUCCCAGAGUCUUGGCCAUUUCAUAUACCAGUGUCUUCCAAGAUUGUCCAUGACUACUACGAAAUCGUCAAGCGACCAAUGGAUCUAGAAACACUCAAACAGAACUGCCAAGAGCAUCGUUACCAACACAAAGAAGCUUUUUUAGAAGACGUCAAACUGAUAUUCGCCAACAGUUUGUUGUAUAACGGACCUGACCACACUUUCACCCAAACUGCGCAGAAAAUGGUUGAAAGCUGCGAGAGACUCUUGGUUUUUCAUGCGGAUCAGAUUAGUCAGUUUGAGAUCGAUAUCGGUCUUGAGGCUGCCUCGAUGUCAGCUGGCGACAGUCGAGACUAUGGUGACGAUUCUGCAAUGGCAUUUGACAGCUCAGUUCAAAGUGUACCGUCGUUUAAGAAGAGAAAGUCGCUUAUGUUACAUGUUGGCUUCACAGACACCAAACAAGUGAUCAUUAAAGGAGAAGAAGAUGAUGAAGAUGUCGACAUUGAGGGAAUGGAAAGUUUUGGCUCAGUGCGUCAUUCCUACGAGUCUCGAAAUGAGGAGACAAUGAAAAAACUGUUGUUGGAAGAUUUGCAACACAGCGAAGGAAGUGAAGAUGAUGAAGACGAUGACGAGGAAUCAGAUUUCAUGUUUGAUGAUGGAGAUGAUGAAGAAGAUUUCGAGGAUGAUGACGCAGAUCUCAAUACCUCAACACAUGACAUUGAAGACGAGAACUCCAAAGUUGACGGCGAUGAUGACGAAGAUGAAUUUGCGUGAACAUUUUACUGUUGACUUUCCAUAAGAACAAUAACUGGUAUGCAUAAUGCAUCGUGGUACACAACUUAAAAUGCAUUUCAUGAAAAUUUGUGAAGUAACUGAACUUUGCGAGGAAACUUGACUAAAGAAUGUCGCUUGUUUUAUUGUACGUCAAAUGUAGUAUAUGUAGAAGUUGUAAACAUUUUAGAUCUGGGUGUAGACUGACUUUAAUAACUUAUAGAAAUUACUCCA